UUACCAAUAGUGAUCUUGAUUUAUUAUACUAAAUCAAGAAUUUGUCACUAAGAGUUUUAAUAUGGUUGAUAUGAAUGAGACAUCUUAUAUUAUUAAAAUUGAGUAAUUCAAUGACAGACCUCAAUGAUUAUGAAGAUUGUCUUAGAAAGGAUAUAUCAAUCGAGUCUUGAAAUGAUUUUAAUAUACAGCUUUGUUCAGUAAAUCAUAAAAGCAAAAUUUUAGUCAAUAGUAAAUGCUUGAAAAUGACUUGAAAAGAAUCAGAUAAUGAAGAUAUUCUUUGUAUAUGCGCAGUUGGAAGUCUAUACUCAAACCUGUGUUAGAAAAGAUAUCAGUUUUUACAAUUAAAAUAUUGGAUAUAUAUUGGAGUUACCCAGAAGUAAAAACAUUAAAAGACUACAGAGAAAGUAAUAAGAUAUCCGGAAGGGACAAAUAAUUAUAUGCUCACAUGUAUGAAAUUAUAUCAGCUUAAAAUAAUGGUAUUUUUAGAUGUUGAUUAUAUAAAUUGCCUCGAUAAUAGGAAGUCCACAUUAUGGUUAAUAUCUAUGUAAUUAGAGAGACAAUUUAUUAUUAUUAAUAAUAGAAGUUGAUUUUGUGGCAUGCUUUGAGGCCACUAAUCAAAUUUUUGACUACAAAAUUUUUAUCUCAGGACUUGGUGUAGUCAGACUCAAUUACCAAGUCGUUGAAGAUAUUUUAUAACAUUGCAGUAGUUUUCUUCUCUAAGAAUGACAAGUACUAUUGCAUCUAUAUGCAUUAUGGUAUAAAGUACUUGAUGGUUAGAGAAGAUGAGUCCAGAAACAUCUAAUGUCAAUUAAUUACUUGAGUUCCACUGUAUUGAUUACUGAUCCAUUCACUUAGGACUUACAGUCUAAAGUAUUUUGAAUGAACAUAUUCUUAUGAUUGGGUUUGUGAGCAACCCAUAAAGGAUAUGGUGAUGCAUGUUUGAGUGGAUACUAUAAUUGACAUUCUUACUUACGUACUUAAAAUUAUUUGUUUCUGCUAUCCUGUUCACAAUUAUAUAUGUACAUAUUAUGGUUGAAUGUGAUGACAGAAUUGUCUUGACAAGAUAAAUUAUAGGGGUCAUUUUGGACUGCAUUAGGAAAGGCUAAUAGUAUUGUGGUACAUAGAAGGAAGUGUGACACUGAUGGCAUACAACCGCUAUGACUCGUAUUGUUAGUCAAACUUAAUGUAGUAUUAUUAUUAUUAUUGGACUUAUUGGUCUAUUUUCUAAAAUUCACGCGCGUGUAUAUAGUUUUUCAAAAAAAAAUUUCAGAAUCCAAUUGAGUCAAAUUGUUUUAAAAUAAAUUUUGUUUAUUUAUUUUUGAUUUUUAAGUCUUUUUGUAUCUUACCAAUUAUUGGGCCAAGUGGGAGAAUGUUAGAUUAUGUGGCCCUAUUUAAUUAGGUAAGAUAUAUUAUAGAUAUUAUUGGAUUCUGAUUAUGGUUAUUGGCCAAUAGAAAAGAAGUCCAUAUUAAAGUAGGAUUCUUUAGGAGAUAACCUUGAUGGAAGGAACUCUCCUAAUAACUUAUCCUAGACCCUCUGCUCUCGCCUAUAAAUAGACAGGACCUCUAGGGGCUAAAGAUAUCAUCUGUGCGUAUCUGAUAGAUAGGACCUCUAAGGGUCAAGUGCGCAUCUGAGUAGCAUCUCAGCAAUUGAGAGAUUAAGGUUUUUCUCUCAAUCUCCCUCUCUCUUAAUCUCCUAAUCCAUCAAUCUAGGUGGUCCUGUGAAAAGAUAGGAAGAGAGGAGAAGGAUAUAGUUCUUUUUGCAGAUCAUUGCAGAUUGAUAUUUCAGAUCCGACGAUGGAGCGCUUGUAGAUCAGAUAAGAUUUAUUUUCUGAAUAACAAGACAAAGGUACGUAUCGUAAUAUUGUUAGAUCCAAUUUAUUUGAUUUCAAUCUUGGCAUAAAAGUUUUUCCGCAUUAUAGAUGGCAUGAUUUUAUAUUUUAUGCUAACACAAAGCACUCCCCUCCACUUCCCCGGCCGUUGUUCCCAAGGACCAUCCAACCUCGCCGCCCGUCCCUGUCGCCGGGCACCGCCCGUUCCCCAUCUCCGAAACUGCCGUGCCACCGUCCUCGCCGCCUCCGUCCUACGGCUUCCACAACCUUGAGCGUCGCACCGUCGUCCUCGCUGAUGGCAGUGUCCGGUCCUACUUCGCCCUCCCGCCUGGCCCGCCAAUCGUCCUUGCUGAUAAGUUACAGUUUGGCCGUCCGGGGUUUGGUUUCGGGCCGGUGCAUGAUCCCGCGCUGGGGUUCGAUAAGCACUUCCCGCCAAAUUCUGACGGGCGGUUCAGCCCGGACUUCCGCCAGCCAACGCCCUAUGGCCGCGGCCCUGGGCUUGAUGGCCCAAGGCGUCCCCUGGAAGGUGGGCCUUCAUAUCUAAAGAGGAAGUACAGCGAAGAAGAUGAAUUCUUGUGGCACCGGCCGCAUGUCAUGCAACAUGGGAACCCUAAUGGGAUCCCUAUUGGCCCUUCGAGAUCUGGUGGAGACCGGAGGAACUACUUGGGUGGCAACAGCUGUCCUUUUAGAAGGGACGAUCAUGAUGAGCUAAGGUUGUCAAAGCAAGCAAAGUUGGCUGGAGAAAUUUAUGAGGAAAUGCCCCAAAAGAAAUUUCGACCUGAUGAUCUGCCUCCUGUGUUUCUGGAUUUGGAUAUGCAGGCUUUGAAGAGGGCCUUUCUUAGGUUGUCAAAGACGAUAAAUGAGAAUUCAUCCCAAAGAAAGAAAUAUUUGGAGGAUGGAAAAAAUGGACCUUUGCAGUGUGUUGUUUGUGGCAGGGCCUCUAAGGAUUUUGCUGAUGUGCAUGGGGUUAUCAUGCACACAUACAGCUCACAAAAUGCCAACUUGCGUGUUGAUCAUCUUGGGUUACAUAAAGCCUUGUGUGUUCUUAUGGGAUGGAAUUAUUCAAGGACCCCUGAAAACUCCAAGUCAUAUCAAUUAGUAUCUGCUGGUGAUGCUCAAGCAAACAGGGAAGACCUUAUCAUAUGGCCCCCAACAGUGAUAAUUCAUAAUACAAGUUCAGGAAUGAGAAAACAUGGUCGCGUUGAGGGUAUGAGUAAUAGAGAGAUGGAUAAUAGACUUAAAGAUUUAGGCUUUGGCGGUGGCAAGUCAAAGUCAAUCUAUGGAAAAGAGGGCCACACAGGUAUCACAGUCGUGAAAUUUGCAAACACUCAAGCUGGGAUGAAGGAGGCUGAGCGACUGGCAUGGUACUUCGAGAAGGACAACUGUGGACGCAAAGGUUGGGCACAUGCGCAAGGUUCUCAGUUCGGUGAUGAUGAGAAGGACCCUUCACUGGUCAGGGCUGAUGGGACGAUUGGUGAGAAGAUCUUCUUCGGUUAUCUGGCAACCACAUCAGAUCUUGAGAUAAUUGAUCUCGAUACAAGGAAAAGAGCUGUCAUCAAGAGCAGAAGAGAACUCGAUCUAUCCGACUAGCGCUUGACAUUGUUAUAUCAAAAGAUACGGCAAUCACCUUGUGCUCACAGGUUUAAUUCUCAUGGCAAGGGAACAGGUGCUUCCAUGCUUAUUUUUUCUCCAUCAGACUGCAAUAACAUAUAGAAAAAGUAAAUCACUUGGUGCAGGAUAUAACUGAAGGUUCCUAUACCCAAUCUUGUGUCAGUUGAGCACCUCAAUUGAAUAUUUCUGCAUAUAUAUUCUUCUAUGAGCCGGCAUAACUGUUACUAUUGUUUAGACAACAUCGUGGAAUGUGCUAAUUGACAUCUGUAACAUGCAACAUAUCCAAAUUGGUUUAUAAUGAAUCUCUGUUUAGGAUGGUUCAUACAA